CCGCUAAAAUGUGCCGGACCAGCGUCUUCACAACCGCCACCCCGCGUCGGACGAAUCCACUGCAAACCCAACACCAACGAACCGAUCCAUGGGAUCGAACCAAAACCCCACCCUCAAAACCAAGCCCCAUUUCAUUUCGUCAAUCGAGUCGGACGAAUUCUCUCUCCUACGCUGGGCUUUAGGUCACUCCUCCACCGUUGGAUUAGACGCCGAAUGGAAACCCUUCCGCACCCCAAACUCCCCUUCUUUCCCUCCCGUCUCCAUCCUCCAACUCGCCUUCUUAGUCCCGGGUCAACUCGGUGGCGACACCGAGUCAAGGAACGAUUCCCUGGUUUUCCUACUCGACCUGCAAUCGAUUCCUCUCCCUUCUAUUUGGGAGCUGCUGAGGGACAUGUUCGUCUCCCCCGAUAUUCUCAAAUUGGGAUUUAGAUUCAAGCAGGAUUUGAUCUACCUUUCAUCGACUUUCUGCUCUCAAGGCUGCGAUCCUGGCUUUGAAAAGGCAGAACCUUACUUGGAUAUUACAAACAUAUACUAUCAUCUACAAAACAAACAUGUUGGAAAAAAGCUGCCGAAGGAAACCAAAAGCUUGGCAGCAAUAUGCGAAGAAGUGCUCAGGGUUUCUCUUUCAAAGGAACUUCAAUGUAGUGACUGGUCGCGCCGUCCUCUAACUGAAGAGCAGAUAUCAUAUGCAGCAGCCGAUGCAUACUGCCUGCUCGAAAUAUUUAGCAUCUUUCAGUGCAAGCUUCUCAAUCAAGGCAAAUCUUCACAAGACAUUCCUAAAUUGCAUUUCUCAAACGAGUCUCUUGGUUUGAAAGAGAUUCUUGAGAAGCCAGAUGUAUCUGGUAAUAUUUUAAGGCUCAAGGCUUGUGAAGCAUCAGAAAUGGUCAAAUCUACUGUUUGCGAAAGUCAUCUAAGGGUUCAUUCUGUAGUGAAACCCCCUUCUUGUUAUUCACAUAGAAAUGCACUUCCUUUCGAUGAUACUCUCUUGAAAAUUAUCAGAAAAUAUGGUGAAAGAAUAUUGCUGAAAGAGUCAGAUAGAAAGCCUAGGACCUCAAAACGGAAGGCAAGAAGAAAGGCUUCUCUGGGUUCAAAUUCUAAAAAAGAGUGUUCUAAAGAUUGCAGCGACUGGCAAGGCCCCCCACCAUGGGAUUCGUCCUUCGGCGGCGAUGGAUGCCCUAAGUUUCUAUGUGAUGUGAUGGUGGAAGGCUUGGCAAAACAUCUACGAUGUGUUGGAAUUGAUGCUGCAAUUCCAUCUUCAAAAAGGCCUGAACCAAGGCAGUUACUAGAUAAGGCACACAAAGAAGGAAGGGUGCUCUUGACGCGGGACGCUAAGCUGCUUAAACACCAGUAUCUAAUAGGGAAUCAAGUGUACAGGGUGAAAAGUCUUCUUAAGAAUGAUCAACUACUUGAGGUAAUUGAGACUUUUCAGUUGAAGAUUGAUGAGGACCAGCUAAUGUCGAGAUGCACCAAAUGCAAUGGAAGGUUCAUCCAGAAGCCGCUAACAACCGAGGAAGCUAUUGCAGCUGCUAAGGGAUUUCAAGUAAUUCCUGAUUGCCUGUAUGACCGAAAUUUCGAAUUUUGGCAGUGCACUGAUUGCAACCAACUUUAUUGGGAGGGAACCCAAUACCAUAAUGCAGUCCAGAAGUUUAUUGACGUGUGCAAGCUAAAUGAGUAGUCUGAACUGGGUUUGGACUGUCUUGCUGCUGUGGUUAGGAUGAAAGAGCCACAACCUCAAACUUUAGAGAUUCGACCAUCGGUUACACCAGGAAAGAAGAGAUGCAGUCACGCAUUGGAAACUGGAGGGAACGAUGAGUCGUCAUGGGGUGGAUGUGUACACGCAGAAUGUAGUGUUUCUUCAGCUUCUAAAUUUCUAUUACCAUUUCAUGGCUUGCUUGUAUGAGCCGACUGAUGCUGACAUAUCCAUCCUGGCAAGGGUAUGGUGACACCCAUGACAUGCAUGCUGUGUAUGGAUGGGCACAAUCAUGCCCUGGCUUGUUUGCGUCCUGAAACUUGUGCUUGACUUGCUAAAUGAACAAGAAAUGGAGAGGGUGGGUUUGCAA